AUGGAUGGCUCUCUGAUCGCCAUCAUGAUCCCGUUCUUUCCGGUGGAGGCGGCCUCUCGCGGCGUUUCUCAAGCAGCCAUCAGCGGCGUUUUCAGCUGCUACGCCGUGGCAAAGAUGAUGCUGAGCCCGCUAGUGGGUCGGCUGGCUCCGAAGAUUGGCAUCAGUCGGCUUUACAACAUCGGUCUGGCGCUGGCGGGCGCGACUACGCUGUUGUUUGGGCUGCUGAACCGGAUCGAAGACACCCAGACCUUCAUGGGCGCUGCGUUCGCGGUGAGGCUCGUGGAAGCGGUUGGCUCGGCGGCCAUCUCCACGUGCGGCUACACCAUCGCCGGGAGCGAGUUCGGUAGCCGCGUGACCACGGCGGUUGCCGUGAUCGGCUCCUCGCUUACGCUUGGAGUGGCGCUGACACCGGCCCUCUGGGGCGGCCUGUACGCAGUCGGCGGCUUCGGCACGCCCUUCUUCACACUCGGAGCGCUGAUGCUGCUGACCUCAGCGGCCCUAAUUCGCCUGAUACCCGACAUCGAGAGCACCCACUGCCAGCAGGCGCCGUUUGCCACGUCGUUGCUAAAGUUUCUCGGCGCGGUCGACAACUGGCUGUGUCUGGCUACUGUUUUCGUCUUUUCUGCUGUCAUUAACACGGUCGAGGCAACGUUGGCGGUGUACGCUGACCGGGUGCUUGGUGUGCCGCCGACUCUGGUCGGUCUCUUCUUUCUCGUCUCGUCCACAAUCACGAUGCUGGACGCGAGCGUGGCCAGUGGCCUCGACGACAGCCUGGCCACCAGGGCGUUUGUUUCGAGCCUGUUCCACGUCGUCUUUUCCCUAGGGUACGCAUUUUUUAUCCGCGUGUUCGUGCCGGGCACCCAUUUGACACAGCUGGUGGACGGCGACUCCUGGCUGCCUGUUACGGCGACUCCUGGCUGCCUGUUGCCGGGCCGGCCGGGCGGCUCGAUAAUGCUCGCGCGGCCAUUUCGGGGGUGA